AUGACUCCAACGAAACGCGUCCAUUGCUCUGCUACUAUUAAAGAGAAGUGUAAAAUUCUUGACAGUUUAGAUGCAGGUGGUAGUGUUCGGCAUGUUGCGAAACUUUUCAAGAUACCAAAAUCAACAGUAUCCGAUAUAAAGAAGAACAGAGUGAAGAUUCGAAAUUUUGUUGCGAGGUCGUACACUGAUAUAGGCCAGAGAAAAGUUAUGAAAAAGCCCGAGAAUCCUGAUGUGGAAGAGGCGUUAUACACUUGGUUUCUACAGCAACGUAAAAAUCACAUUCCUGUCUCUAGUGAAGUCUUGCGCACAAAAGCCAGAUUUUUUUAUGAGCGCAUCACUGGAAAGACUAACUUUCAAGCUAGUUCAGGAUGGCUUGACAAAUUUAAGGCAAGACGCGGCAUUCGUUUUUUAAAAGUAUGCGGAGAACGUGUUUCAAGUGACGCUGAAGCAGUUGCUCCUUUCCAACUUAAACUGCAAGCCCUGAUUGAGAAAAUGCAAUUAACUAAAGAGCAAGUCUACAAUGCGGAUGAAUCCGCACUUUUUUGGAGGGUUUUGCCAAACACAACGUGGGUGCAUAAAGAUGAGAAAUCGGCACCAGGGAGGAAAGUUUCAAAAGACCGUGUAACCUUUAUGCCAUGCUCAAAUGCAUCAGGCACACAUAAGUUGCCGUUACUUGUGUUAGUGAAACAAUAUCUGAGUAACGCCAAUAAGCCAUGCAGGGCACUGCUUCUUGUUGACAAUGCGCCUUCACACCCACCCGAAGAAGAGCUCAAUACGAAUCCAAAUUUCAUAGUGGUAUUUUUGCCUCCUAAUUGUACUGCAUUAGUUCAGCCAAUGGAUCAGAACUUGAUACAAAAUAUCAAGGUUUCUUAUAGAAGGCAAUUGCUGACCCACAUUAAAUCACAAGAAAACAAAGACACAAUGCAACUCCUGAAGAAAUUUAGUCUUCUGGAUGCAGUGAAUACUCUCGACUCUGCUUGGAAGUCCAUAACCGAAAAGAAUAUUAAAAAAAGCUUGGAUGGAAUAUGA